UAUGACAAUAUCUACUUUCGAUCACGUGUUGCGGGGCGACUUAGACGGAUUGCGCGUCAUCUCGCCUUCCCAAAUUUUCUCCUUCUGCAGCUCGAAUCCAAAACAUCAUAUCUGUAGUACGGACUACAGGAGAAAGAUGUUUAACUCUGUUAAUCUGGGCAACUUCUGCUCCCAGACGCGUAAAGACCGGACAUCCGAGUUUGGGGACAGGACGGGCUGUGCUUCCAACAUCUACCUCCCCAGCUGCACCUACUACGUUCCUGAAUUUUCCGCCGUCUCUUCUUUCCUUCCGCAGGGGCCCUCGCGACAAAUCACAUACCCUUAUUCCACAAAUCUAUCUCAAGUGCAACCAGUGCGAGAUGUUUCCUAUGGUCUGGACCCGUCCAGCAAGUGGCACCACAGAACCAACUAUGCAUCGUGCUACUCAGGAGAAGAUCUGGUGCACAGAGACUGUCUUCCGCCAUCCACCAUGACAGAAAUGCUCAUGAAAAACGAGAGUGUGUACAGCCACCACCACCACCACCACCAGCAUCAUCAUCCGAACUCUAGCCACCCGUCCACCGGUUUCUACACCGGCGUAGGGAAAAACAACGUGCUCCCACAAGGUUUUGACCGCUUUUUUGAAACCGCUUAUUGUAGCACGGACAAUCAAUCAGAACAUUGUUUACAAAAGAGCGAGAUGUACAAAUUAGAGACUUCGUCCCAGCAACCCACAGCUGUUUCCGCAGCGCAGGAGCCGGAAAAGGACCCAGAGGAUGAGGAGGAACAUACAAAUUCGGGUUCGUGCACUUCAGCAGCUACUAAGGACGGGAACGCAAGCAAGAGCAGCCAUUCGAGUACCCCACGCACAAGAAAGAAGAGAUGUCCAUACUCCAAGUUUCAAAUUCGUGAACUGGAACGAGAAUUUUUCUUUAACGUUUACAUCAACAAGGAGAAAAGGCUGCAGCUGUCCAGAAUGUUAAACCUUACUGACAGACAAGUCAAAAUAUGGUUUCAAAAUCGUAGAAUGAAAGAAAAGAAAUUAAGCAGAGAUCGCCUGCAGUAUUUCUCUGGGAAUCCGUUGUUGUAAUUGUUGAAAUGGCGUUGCCUUUUAUUUAAUAUCUCUGCAAAAUAAAAUUAUGUAUAUUUAAAUAUGCCCAUCAAUCUAAUUAAAUAGAAAAUGUUUUUGUUAAGGCCAACAACAGUACUAAAAAAUAGACUUGUUUGAAGGGAAACAGGAUUGUAAUGGCUGAGGGUGGGAACAGAGAAUGAAAAUUAGCUUAAUGUCAAAUUAUACCGGCAUUUCUAGUUUGUGAUUCACAAACUAAAACGUACACCUCACAAAGUUUAAAAAAAAAAUGUAUGUGACACGUCUUUUAAGUGAAAUGUUUAAAGUCUUUACUUUGAAAAUGAUCACGAAAUAGCCUACUAUAAUAUAUUAUAGAAUUAUACCCUCUAUCAUUUUAUGGUUGUAUAUAUGUACAUUAAAACACACAGUCGACUCUGGUUCGAAUCUGGAGAUGUCAUACUUUUUUAUGUUUUCACCAUUUAGAACUGUGACUUGUACAAUCUGUAAUAUUGUAUUCCUUGUACAGAGAUUAUGCAUUGUGCAUUCGUGAAUGUAAAUAUAAUGUUAUUUUGAGUAUCCUCACCAUAUCCCUGCUGCUAUUUUUCUUUACAUUGCCUUUGCAGCCUUGUGAUCUUUGUCGUUCGAUUCUUUAAAUUAUUUGCUGUACGCCCAAAGUUCUCAUUUAUUUCGGAGGAAUAGCUCAGCGAUCUGAU